AUGCCUAAAAGAAAUCUUGUGUUGGCAGAAGACUGUGCGGGACUGGGGCCGCUGAAAGAAAGUUGCAAGCUUGCAGGCCUACAAAGUCAUGUAUACUACGUCUCGGAGAGCGACCCAAAGCUCCUAGAGCGGUUGAAAAAGAUCUACAAGCCGGAGUUGGUUUCGAAAGAUGCUAUGAAAAAAAAAGGAAUCCGUCAGCUGAUUGACAUCUUUGGUGCUGGCUGCCCGUGCCAGCCUUUUUCCCCCAUCGGGAAGCGAAAGGGGAAGAAGGACCCAAGGGCCAAAGUGUUCGAAAGAGUGGUAAAGCGCAUACAAGCCUGGCUACCGGAUACGUUUGUGUUAGAGAACAGCAAGUCCUUGACCAACAAGAAGCAUGCCAAAUUCUUCAAGAAGCUUCUCACAAAGCUCAAGUCCAAAGGACACUAUAAGGUCUACUGGAAGGUUCUGGAUGCCUUCACCCACGGCGCGCUCCCCCAGCGACGUGAGCGCCUCUGGAUCGUCGGAGUCAAUAGCUAUGCGAUGAAGGGACAAUUCUCCUGGCCAAAACCUUUGAAGAACCUGAAGAAGAUCAAGCUGUGCAAGAUGCUUGCGAGGAAAGCCCAAGACUAUGAGUUCCCAAAGUCUUCAACCGGGAAGAAGCGACUGCGAACAGCGCUGAAGUGGGAGAAAUGCAGGGUGCAGGGUUGGGACCCAAAGCGUAUGCAAGCUGAUGAUCUCAGCGUCCGUGAGAUGGGGCUGGCUCUUGGGAAUGCUUGGCUCCCAGCGGGACUGGCGCAGAGCAGGAUGUGGCGGCCGCAGGGCAGCGAGGGGGACGAUGUGCGACCCAUCGCGGUUGGGGAAGUUUUGCGGCGGCUGACUGCCACGUGCCUUUGCUCCGACGUGCGCAACUCUGCCCGGGAUCUUCUAUGCCCUUUACAAGUUGGGGUGGCCACCCGCAAUGGCACUGAAGCAGUUGUCCACACUGCCCGACACUGGGCGCAGAGGCAUGCAGGGCAGGCUGAACAGGUUCUCCUCAAAAUUGAUUUCAGCAAUGCCUUCAACUCGGUCGACCGGGCUUCUCUCCUCCGCGAGACUCGCCUCCGCCUGCCAGGCUUGUCCCCUUGGGCAGAGUGGUGCUAUGGUCUCCACUCGCGGCUGCUGUUCCAAGGCUCGCCUUUGAGUUCUGAAACCGGGGUGCAACAAGGUGACCCGCUUGGCCCUUUGUUGUUCUCCUUGGCAUUACAGCCGGCCCUCCAAGCUGCUGCCCGUGGAGGCCCUCCGGAACUUCGACCCUCGCUGGUGGUGGCUUACCUGGAUGAUGUGUGCUUGGCUGGCUCAUAUCGUCAAGUCAGCGCAGGCUUGGUCCGCUUGACGGCGGCCGCACGCCAGGUCGGAUUGCAAGUCAACCCUGCCAAAUGCGAGCUUGUGGCGUGUGGAGGGGCCGCAGCCACUGUGGACAUGAGCUUCUUCCCACCCGGCAUUCCCCUCAACCAAACCGGGACCUUCAGCCUUUUGGGGGCGCCCAUUGGAGACGGUAGUUUCUGCAACCAGUUCACAACAUCGGAGCGAGUUGCCAAAGCUUUGCCACUGUUAGACGCUUUGGCUGUCUUGCCGGAUGCCCAAACUGCCCUCCUGCUCCUCCGCCACUGUGCCUCCCAUUGUCGGAUGGCUUACUCCAUCAGAGUCACCCCUCCUGAUGGGCUCGGCCCCUCCCUGGAAGCGUUUGACAAUGCUGUUAGAGGAUGCCUCGAAGUGGCUUGCAGCGGGCCCCUCACUGCGGAAGCGUGGCUCCAAGCAACACUCUCCACUCGGUGUGGUGGGCUCGGGCUCCGCAGCGUGGCCCGGCACAGUGUCGCCGGCUACGCUGCGUCUUUGUGGGCUACUGUGCCACUGUGCAAAGAUAUGGAUCCAGGCUACGACCCUGACUUCAAUGCUGCUCUCAACCUGGUGAACAUGGCCCUUCCGCCGGCCGACCACCUCCCGGUCCCAGCCCGCAACCUGCUCGCAGCCCCUGCUCCUGGUCGGGAAGCCUUUCGGGCGCAUCUUCAGCUCUUGCAGCAAGAAGGCGCGGGGGCGUGGCUCCAUGCUCUCCCAAGCGCCGCCUUGGGGCUUCACGUGGUGACCCCGCUCUUUCGGACCAUGGUUCGCUUGCGGCUCCGCUUGCCGGUGUCUGAUUCUGACACCCCUUGCCCCCUCUGCGAUGGCACCUGUGACAGAUUUGGUGACCAUGCGCGCGUUUGUCCCUGUGGCGGCGAUCGGGUCAAGCGGCACCAUCAGCUCAGAAACAUUUUGGCAGGGCGGGCAAAAACAGCAGGCCUUCAGCCCGAGGUUGAAAAGCCCAACCUCCUACCUCCACGCCCUGAACUUCAAGGUGGCCCAGAAGAUGGGGAGCAACCCUGUGGCGGUGGUCGCCGGCCAGCCGAUGUCUGGCUCCCCAACUGGCACCUACAUGGUCCAGCUGCGUUCGACAUUGCCGUCACUUCGGGCAUGAGACAGAGUGUUCUGACUGCAUCCGUGACAGAUGGCAGCAGAGCAUCUACGGACUAUGAAGCACGGAAAUGCCAGCAUCUAAGCACUUUGGAAGCCUGCACGAGUGAAGGGCUCCAGUUCGUCCCGCUCGUUGUUGAAGCGUGCGGUGGUGGCUGGGGGCCCAUUGCUUUGAAAACCUGGCGCUCCUUGGGUGAGGCGAUUUCCGCCCGCACUGGUGAAGGCAGCUCUGUGGAAUCGCAGCGCCUCCUUCAAUCUUUGGGCAUCGCGCUGCAGCGCGAAAACGCUAGAGCUGUCUUACGGCGCCUGGACUGA